UGAAAGAAAGCGAUUCCCACUCAAAGUCACACAUCAAACUGAUGCAAAAACUUGAAUUAUAAUAAUAUUUGUGGCAUAAAAUUUCGAAUAUUAAUUGAAAAAUUUGUACGUAUUCAAAAGUCAUCAUGUUGUGGAAGAAAGAGUCGACAAAAGAAAGUGCGAUGUAUGUGGAUUUUUGCGGAAUAAGUUUGAAAAAACUUAGAAUGUCUGACGAACAUUUGCUUGAUGACAUAUCUUCAACGCUCAACAAAAACGAUUCGGUCGCACUGCAAAAACGAAUGAUUGGAAACGAAUUAUUCCGUGCAGCCUGCGAUGCAGGCAAAUUGUAUGAUGCAAUAAACAUGUACAACGAGAGUUUAUGUUUUGCCGAACCAAAAUCAUCGCACAUCAGUUUGGCUUAUGCCAAUCGAUCCAGUUGCUUUCUGAAGUUGAAACGAUACAACGAGUGUCUUAUUGAUAUUGACUUGGCCAUUGAAGCUGGAUACCCCGAGAAUUUGUUGCAAAAGUUGGAAAAACGAAAGCAUGCCUGCUUGGAGGCCAUCAAAACGGGUAGUAUGGUGCCUACGGCAUAUGAACCGAAGUUAAGCUUCGAACCGGAUGAAACAUAUCCUUAUUUAGCAAAUGCGGUCAAUUUUCAGCGAGGUGAGAACGGAAAAUAUUCAGUAGUUGCCAAAGAAAACAUUGACGUGGGUCAAACGAUUGCCAUCGAAGAAGCGUUUACAACGUGCUUGCAUAUGCGAUAUGGUUCAAAAUGUACGAUUUGCCUGAAAAAUGUUACAACCAAUUUGAUACCUUGCAAAAAGUGCACAAUCGCAAUGUUUUGCUCUGAUGAAUGUCAACGCAGCUCAAUUCACGAAUAUGAAUGUGGUGUAGUUAUGGGAGAGCUAGUGGAUAAUAUGGAAAAUGUUCGAAGCAUUUUGAAAGCCAUCGGUAUGUUUGCAAAUGUUGAUGAGCUAAUGAAUUUCGUAGAAGAGAACAAAAAGGACAAUGCGACUGAGCCACCAGCUAAUAUAACAGAUGCAAAGUUGAACUACCGUGAAUUUCUCCGAUGUCGAUUCAAUGCUGAAUAUUUACCAUAUUUACUCGGAGCAAUGGACGUUUAUCCGGUGUACAAAAUACUCAUGGACAUUCCCAAAGUUGGCGCAAUGUUCAACACUCAGCGCAAGCGUCGUUUUCUUAUGCAUCUCAUUGCUCAACACAGCUUAAUUAAACUUUACAAUUCACAGAACAAUGCUUUUAUCGAUAUCGGCACCAAAACGGUGCUCGGAGAUAAAGAAGUCAUGUUAGACAGCAUGACAGGAGUGAUUCAUAAGUAUUUUGGUCAUUCAUGUGCACCAAAUGUACAUUUGACCACCGUUAACAACAAAUUGGUUUAUUACACACUUCGGCCGAUCAAGCGUGGCGAACCUCUGCGAAUUUCCGUCUCUCAGUUUUUGUUGGAACCAAAAGAAAAGCGACAAAAAAUAUUGCUUGCACAAGGCAAACCCAUUUGCAAGUGCGAACGAUGUGAAGGGCCAUCAGCUUCAAAAUUGCAACGUAAGCAGUUGGCAUCAGAUCCAGAUUAUAUUUUCAUUUCAACAAACAUGGUGAAAGCAAGAGAGCAUUUGCAGGAAAUCAAUGAAAAAUGCGUCUCGUUUUUGACAAAAUACGGCCGAAUGACAUGGUGUAGUGAAAUCGGUGAGGUGGUCACCGCUUACACAACCACUCGAUCGCUUCAAUGGUCAACCUUACAAUAUUAAGGUUUUUGACAUUUGAAAAUCGCCUCAAAUUUCAUA